AGUCAACGAUGGCGAUUCGCAAUAUGCUCCGUGCCGCUGCUAUUGGCUUCAUUGGAUUGAGCGGAGUCUCUGCUUUCGCUCCUGCUGGCGUCGCUCGCGUUGCUGGCAGCACUGGACUCUGCAUGUCUGCUGGAGGCAGUGGAAAGAUCAAGCAGGUCAGCGAAAUCCGCCAGGACCCGAGAAAGAAGCUCGCGCCGGCUGGACAGGUUCCCUUCUCGGGCAAGGGACAGUACGAUGCUCGUGCGGCUCUGGGCCUUGAGGAUGUUGUCGACACCACCUACAGCAAGCCUCCUUCCACCUUCAACUUCGGAAACAAGCCUGCUGCUAAGCCCGUCCCCAAGCCCGCCGCCAAGCCUGCCGCCAAGCCUGUUGCAAGGGCUGCUCCCAAGCCUGCCGCCAAGCCUGCUGCAAGAGUUGUCGCCAAGCCUGCCGCCAAGCCCGCGGCCAAGCCCGCAGCUCGUCCAGCUCCCACUGGAACUCGUCUGGGAAGCAACAGAUUCGGCACCACCCGCAUCAAUUAAAUCGUGUCCAAUACUACGCCUGGAACAUUCUUAGCACGCGAUAUCAAUGUGGAUUGUCGUUACAAUGAUUUAUUUUUGUGAUUAAACAAAGAGAACAACA